AUGCUGUGUUCAGUAAGUGGUGCUUCCAAGCAUCUCGCAAGGGAGUUGCAUCGUCCGCUACAUCCUUGCACAGCGCCGUUUGGCACCUCUUCGAGUGCUCACAAUCAUCUCCGAUACCACACAGCGUCUCGCACACUACUGCCCUUUCACAACACAACCUAUUCUCCUACAAGGUUACGGCACCCACAGCAACCCAAUAUUGCACGUCCUCCAUGCGACAGCUUCCACUCACGUCUGUCACGUUAUUCAACGUUUUCGAACCCGGUUUUAACAACGGAAGCUCACAAGCUUGAAGCCGUCGCCGAAGCCGUAAAAGACAAGUCGACCGCCUCUUUGAAUGCAGAGGGUGUUCAAGAAAAGUUUCAAAGGUUAGGCUUGAAUGCCAACAUCAGCCGACAGAUUACCUUGACGAAUCCCAACAUCCGACAACCUACACCUGCGCAAUCAGCGUUAAUACCAGCCAUUCUCUCGCCCAGCGAUGUGGUUUUGCGCGCACACACUGGCACUGGCAAGUCUUUCGGCAUCUUGCUAGCGCUUCUCAGCAAACCACGCAUCGUAUUUAGCGAUCCAACCUCUCGAGAUUCCGAGAACUCGUCAGCUACCCAGAACAAGCGUGGCAAACCUCACACUGGAAUCGCAUCUAUUAUCCUCGUCCCCAGUAACGAACUCGCUUUUCAGUACUUCCGCUGGGCGAGGUCACUCUUCCCAGCCUCAACUUUGCCUUCGCUUGAUCCGGUGAUCCAAUGUCUGGUCCGUGGCGGCCUUCCUGGCUCAGAGGUACUCACUCCUGAGCAAGAGCUCAAGCGAUUAAAGCAGACUCCUCCGCAUAUUCUCAUCGGCACCCCUGGCCGCAUGAAGGACAUCCUCGAUACACCGGCUGGCUCUUCUCUUCUCGGUCUUGACACUCUGCGUACUUUGGUGCUAGAUGAAGCGGAUGCAGUGCUGCAACUACCCGGUCGAUUCCCAUCCUACAAGCAAAGGUGGAUGCACGAGGUGCACAAAGCCCCCGGCCUCCUCAUCUUGAACGAGGUCAUGAAACGCCGGGCAACCUUCUCAGGUGGCGAGAAGCAUCUGACAGCAGGACUUGAGAAUCGACCGGGCAAGCGACGGGAUGAGAAGCGGCCGCCCGAGCAUAUUCGCCGCAACACGUACAAGGCCGCCGAGCGAGCUACUGCCGCCAGCAUUGAUGCCAACACUGGGCUUGUGCUUCCCAAAGCACGAGCUCCCGGGGUUCAGCCUUUGCAGCUGGUGGCCACAAGUGCAACGGCCAACUCGGUGAUGCGACACUUCUUUGGCGCCCGUACAGGCUGGCUGCGGACUGGAGUCAAGGACAGCGGGCUUACUUUUGCACCGCAAGUGGGACGCUGGAUCGACCUGACAGGGCUAAGUGGGAAGAGCAUGGUUGAUCAAGGCAUCCGAGGACUCUUCGGAGCCAACGAACGAUCACAGACCGAUUCGCUAAUUCAAACAUCAUUGGAUCAGACGCCUUCCACCAUGCCAGCAACUAUCGAGCACACGUGCGUGGUGGCGGAUGAGGCACCACUGUCCAAACAACUCGCUGCAGUGCCACUACGCAACUUUGAACCCAAGCUGGCUAGGAAAAAGGGCGACAGCAGCAUGCUUCGACCUACUGAUUUUUCGGAAACUGCCAUGGUCGGGGACGACUUCGUGGUCGUCAAAUCCGAAACGGAACCGCAAGAGCACGAGGUUGACCAGACGUUGAUCGAAGCGCUCGCUUUCUGCUUCGCCUCGGAAGGUGUCAAUCGUGGCUUGGCGUUGAUUCCAGCUCGAUGGAGCCUGCUAAAGACACGAGCAGCGCUCGAGGCAUUGGGCGUCACUGUCCGGCUUGCUUCCGACGACACUUCGGCAAGUGCAGAAGCAGAUGCUAGCGACGCUUCUGCAGCCGAACCGGAACUGUUUUUGCUUCAGACCACAUCUGCGCGUGGACUCGACAUUCCUGCCCUCUCUCACGUCUUUCUCGUCGGGUAUGCUUCGGUGCUUGACGCAGUGCAGUAUGUGCACUCGGCAGGACGUGUGGCACGUGUUGGAGGGGAUCCAGAUGCAGACACGAAAGGCAAAGUGGUAACGCUGCUUCGAGGCCUUCCACACGAUACACCACUCCCAGCAGCCCUGCAGAAAGAUGCAAAGAAGCAAGGCACCCGUCAAGCUAAGAAGGCGAUCUCAACGUCAGAGGCCAAGAUGGCAAACGUUUUUAGGCGACUAGGUGUGGUUCCGAAGAAGUUUGAUCUCAGUUUGCUCACCUCGAAUGCUGCUGCCCCUGCAGCGAGCGAGUCGGACCAAAGCGAAAUUGCCGAUGAUGCAGAUCAAAGCCGCGCAGAUACAGAGCAAGUCUUCGACGAAGACAAGCCCGCCCCUAAAGCUGUAUGA